AUGGCAGACCCGCUAACUUUCUUAAGAACGUACAAUAUUAACAAAAAAGAAAUCAUAAUUAAGGACAAUCACAUAUUAUUUGGUGACUUAUCUUGGUCAAAAACUGUUAAUACAAACUUCUUGAUGUAUGGUUCUGGUAAAGAUGGUGCACCAAAAGAGUAUUAUACAUUGGAAUGUCUAUUAUUUCUAUUAAAGAAUGUUACUCUCACUCAUCCAGUAUAUGUGCGACAAGCAGCUGCUGAAAAUAUACCAGUUGUAAGAAGACCAGAUCGAAGAGAACUUCUAGCUUACCUAAAUGGCGAAUUAUCUACAUCUGCUAGUAUUGAUCGCAGCGCUCCUCUUGAAAUUCCAACUCAGGUUAAACGAAGUGCUGUGGAAGAUGUACAAGAAUCAGUUGCUAAAAAACCUCGUAUGGAAGAUACAUUACAAGUUCAAAGGGUUAAACAACAGUUGGCUGCACGUUUAGAUGCACCUAAAGAGUCUGCUGUCAAUGUUGAUAAUAUCAAAUCUCUUUCGGAAGCCAUGUCUGUUGAAAAGAUUGCUGCAAUCAAAGCCAAACGUUUGGCAAAAAAGCGUACUACCAUUAAAGGACAUGACGAUAUAGGUCUUGGUCCAGACCUUAGAGUUAUGUUGGAUUUUGAUGUAGAUAUAACAAAAGACAUUAUUAAGCGUGAAAGACAAUGGAGAACUCGUACUACUAUUUUGCAAAGCAAUGGAAAAGUUUUUGGAAAGAAUAUUUUUGCAAUUCUUCAAUCAAUUAAAAACCGUGAAGAUGGGAGGUCACGUCCAUCACAUACUAUGUCAACUACACCUCGUGUAGUGCCUCCCAAACCAACUAUACCACAGCCAACUGUUUAUAAUCGUUAUGAUCAAGAAAGAUUUAUUAAAUCAAGAGAAGAUACUGAAGGCUUUAAAAUUGAUACUAUGGGUACAUACCAUGGUAUGACAUUGAAAUCUGUGACUGAAGGAACAGUUCCAAAAAAACCAGUAGCUACUGUCACUCCUGUUCAACAACCUUCUCGGGCUGGUCCUCAUGCUAAAUUGACUGCUUCUCAACAAGCUAAACAAAGAAUAUCAAGGACUCCAAUUAUUGUCAUCCCUGCUGGACAGUCUUCAUUAAUAUCAAUGCAUAAUGCUCGAGAAAUUUUACAAGAACUGAAAUUUGUUUCAACUGAAGAAAGAAAACAAAAUGGAUCAAAACGUGAUAAUGAAUUACUUUUACAACGUCGCAAAGAUGGGGGCAUGACAGUGCCUUACCGUGUGGUUGACAAUCCUCAAAGACUGACCCAAGGAGAGUGGGACAGAGUCGUAGCUGUAUUUGUUAUGGGACCAGCAUGGCAGUUUAAAGGAUGGCCAUGGGAUGGCAAUCCUGUAGAAAUUUUUUCUAAAAUAUGUGCAUUUCAUUUAAAAUUUGAUGAAAUGAAGUUGGAUACAAAUGUGGCCAAAUGGGCUGUUAAUGUUUUACAAAUAUCAAGAACCCGGCGUCAUUUAGACAGAGCAACCCUUAUGGUAUUCUGGGAAAAAUUGGACAGACACAUAUUGAAGUAUAAACCAAGCUUAAGAUUUUAG